AUGCACUGUUCUGGGAAGGGCAAGCCAUGGGACCGUCUCGACGCCGGCAAGCCUUGCGCACUGGACCACACCUGGAAGGCGUACGACCUCUAUAUUGGCGAGAAUGAUUCAUCAUCACUGAAGCCUGGUGCCGACGGCUCCUUCCCGGUGGACCGGGCGGAGGCGACCAGCGACGAGAAGCUCCUCUGUGACGUCAUGAACGAGAACAAGAUCGAGCUCUACGCCGCAUACGGCAAGGUGAUGAACUGCGAUGGCGGCGGAAGUUGUGGCACUUGCAUCGUCGAGAUAAUCGAUGGAAAGGAGCUCCUGAAUGAGAGGACGAGCACCGAGAAUCGAUACCUGAAGAAGAAACCAGACUCAUGGAGGCUAGCUUGCCAGACUAUUGUAGGCAACAAAGAGAACUCUGGCAAGGUUGUCGUCCAACGGCUGCCCCAGUGGAAGAGAUGACCGCGCAGUGCAGUGCAGCACCGCGUUGGUGGAUGAACGAUCAUCCAGUUGUAUGUGACUAAAACGCCAUGUCCUGUGCAUUAGAGAAGAUACAGAAUCG